CUCUUCAGUGUGCUGAUAUGUACUGUAUAAUUAUUCACCUUGAAACAUAUAAAAGGACAUUUGAAACACCGUUAAUUAAACUCGAACCGAAGAAGACAGGAACAACACAGUGCAAUGGCAGAACGGGUGAGAAAUCGAAUUCGUCAGAAGGACAGAGAAAGAUUGGUACGUGCUUUCGAAGCACCUGAUCAGGACUAUGUUGUAAUAGCAAAUAAUUUGGGCAUAAACCGGUCAACAGCAGCAAGAGGAAUAAUUACCCGAUAUUUGUGAGAAAAUAGAGUCGAUGAAAGACCACGCGGAGGUCGCAACCACGGCAAAGUCGAUGACGAAAUGAGGAGGUGUCUGGAAGCGAUUAUCAACGAAAACUGCACUCUAACAUUGACAGCCAUCAAUUCCACCCGUGUCACAUAUUCUCAGCGGCUGUAACCCAAGAUUUCUCAAUUGAGAAGUGCAGGUCUAACCCAGGCCAAAUGAUCAUCUAAAUCAUUCAAUAUAAUAUUAAGCGACCAAUCAGAAUACUUGAUAUAAAACAGUUUAAUCUUUGAUUUGGUUGUAUUUUAUUAGUAUUCAAGAAAAUUUCGCACUUCACUUCGGCGCAAUUUUUUACAAUUAUGCGAAAGGCGUGCGUAAAAACUGUUGUGUUGGGAAGAAAUGGAAAAUCGUCAAUAACUACACCGUUAACUGUUGAUGUAGAAACAACAGCUUCAAAUAAGCAUUCGACAAGCCUCCACGCAGAUUUGCAUAGUGACGAAUCGUGCGAUUUGCAAAUCGAUCAUAACGCUCAAACGCCUCAUGAAUUACCAGUCGUUGACGAUUUAGAAAAUGAAGAAUCGGCCACACAAAGAAGAAAUGUUAGUAAUUAUCUCAACUGGGAAAAAAUUCGGCCUCAAUUGCUGAAAGCAAAGUUCGAAGAUGCGAUUUUACCGAGUGGUGUCAUGUGUGGUGUUUGCUCUCAAAAUGAAGCCAAUAUUCGCUGUAAAUAUUGUGGUCCACGGCAGUUUUUUUGCGAGAACUGUGCUAUUGAACAACACGAAAGUCGAAAUAAGUUUCACGUGAUGGAUAAAUGGAUGGAAACUAAGUUCAUCCCACUGUUUCCAGACAAUUCUGUAAUUGAGUGGGCCCACAAUUGUGGGACACAAAUUGUCAAGUUGUUUACACUUAUUGAUGCAUUUGGUAAUCAACACUUGAAGCGAGUGGCUUUUUGCAGUUGUGAAAGCCAUGCUGUGACACUACUCCGGUUGCAUUUCUGGCCUGGCUCUCCAGAAAGGCCUACUAUUGGCUUUCAUUUUAGAAUUAUGGAUUUAGCUGAAAAGUUGUUUCUACAUAAUCAGGUUCCUUUGAAGGAUUUUUCUGAGAUAAUCAUGGAAUUACUUCCAUCACUGCAACCUGUUCAUGUUAAAUCCUUUUACCGCACUUUAAAUUCUGGAUCUUUUGAGGAAUACAGAUAUUUUAAAUACAAAUUAAAAUAUCUGGAUUCCUAUAUCCCAGGGCUAUAUAACGGUGUCAUUUGUCCUAUAUGCCCAACGGAAAGUGGAACCUUAAUUGAAUGUGUUGAUGCAUGUUUUGGUCUGCCAAGAAGGAAAGGGAAAGGUGAUAUAAGCAUUUCUUCACGCCACAAGACAUUGUUGUUCAGCGAUCAAGAUGAUGUUGAUAACUUUGUUGAUAAUUAUGAACACACAAAAGAGAAAUCACAAACACAGGACUGUCACAGAUUUCAUGCUGGUGAAGUAAUUUCAGCAAUUAGAAGUAAAGGCAAAAAUAAACUUUUUGAUGAAAAAGGAGUGUUUGGCAGGGUUUGUCGGCAUGACUUUCCAAAAAGCUUACUCAGCAUCAAACAUGGUGAAAGAAUUUCCUAUGCUGUAUAUGAGCUAGAAAAACUAAAGGCUGGCAUUUCUGCAGAAUCACUCAAUUAUGUUCUGAUGUACGACAUUGCCUGUGUUUUAUCAAACCACCUGCAGGGCUCCGGCCAGCAGUCUUUGCUGUCGAAUACAACUCUUGCAAUACCAAUAUUUCAUUGUUAUGGGCAUAAAGCCUCUUGCCAGGUCAAAUAUAGUCCACGAAGAAAGGCGAAUGUUGGUUUAACCGAUGGAGAAGGCGUUGAGCGUUUUUGGUCAUUUCUUAGACAGUUUUCCUCAAUAACCAAAGAAAUGUCUGUUGAUAAAAGAAGUGAUGUGCUAACUGACGCUACUAUCCAUUAUGGUGAACAUCUUGUUGCAAAAUUUGGUCCUUCUCUAAAGUCGAAGCUCGUUAGGGCGCAGUCUUUGCUGAUCACUGUUGACCAAGAAUUGAGCAAUUUAAUCGCGAAUUUGCCAGAUGAGUGUAAUGAGGCUAAAAUUCGGAGCUGGAUCAAGGAACAAUUUGAAGAAAUUGCACCAGUUAUGGAAGACCUUGAAUACCAGUGGGAUGAAUCUUAUGUGGAUUUACUUCUUUCAGCAAAAAAGUUGCGAAACGAAAUGAGUUUUUCAAGAGAGGAAGAGCCGGAAAGGAUUCCCAACAUUGAGAGAAGGAUAAGUAGGAAUGAAAAAGCGUUAUAUUCCCUGGAGAAACGUCAUGGUGUUCGAACAAGAUGGAAGAAAAAAGAAAAAGCAUAUCAAAAUGCGUAUACAAGACUUAUUGCCAAGAAACAGCAAAAGUUACUUCAUACCCUUCAUAGGAUGGCGUCGGAGAGAAUGUUUUUAUUAGAACUUAAAGCAAAAUAUGCUGAUGGUCAAGCUAUUGCAAUAAAGCUUGGCAGUCAAAUCGAUCGCGUGGUCGCCAACAUCACUCGGAACGUAAGCUUGAUUAAUGGGAUGAAUGAGAACGAUGAGAUUUCCUUUGAUGAUGUAAAGGAUCCAAACGGGGAAGUAUAUCAUGGUAUUGUCGAACCCAAUAUUGAAACAGGAGUACCAUCAAGAGUAAAAAAUAGAGCGGUUGAUCUUUUGUGUCUUAAAGAUAGGUGUGAAGAGGAACAAAAUAUGGUGAAAAAAGAGAUGUCUACAUUUAUUUCAUUUCUCACCAAACAGAUUGAAAUAAUUCAAUCAUUUAUCGAUCGUGAAGUUUCCAGCGACGACGAACUUGGUUUGCACUCCCUCGCCAUUGAAAAGAUGAUGUUUUAUCAGCGCCAAGUAAACGUAGUGAAUGAGUUAUGGUCCGGAUUUAAAGUUUUACCUUUCACUACAGAGGACAGUGAGAUGGUGGAGCCCAUAUCAGCCUUAUAUAAAGAAGAUCUAGAAUUUUAUGAUGAUGUCGAAUAUAUGUAAAUACAUACUAUACUUGGAG